GUCAUUCAGUUUAUUAUUUGAUGAGUCUGGGUGAGUGAAUACCCGCAUCGGCUUACGCUGCUACCACAUCCAGCUGAAGAAGGCUUGGGGCCCACUUUACGGCGUAGAGCGAUUCAAGUGGCACCCGUGUCGUCAGAUGGGGAUGCAUCAUGCAAUAGGCUGAUUACGUUUUUCCAGCAGGACUGGAGUGUGAUUGGCCCGGCUGGCAGGAUAAUCUCGCUUCCUUGGGACCGGCUCGAAGAUACGUCUCGGCCAAUUUCACUCUGGCCCGAGCUUGCGUUGCACGAAUCUGACUUUGACGGGCUGCGUGCACAAGCAAAUCGCCUUCUUCUGCAUCCGGCGACUCCUCGACUGAUCAAGCGGUACUUUGCCUCCGCGCAUCAUGCAUUUCCAUGUCUGCAUUCGCGUAUGUUCUUCGACAAGCUUGAUGAUCUCAUCCGCAUCGCGCAGACAAGCAACACGGGCGGCAAGACCCCAGUUGAGAUUCGUCAUGGGCAGGCUAUCGUGCUCAUGGUCGCCGCCAUUGCAGCCUUUGUCGACCCUGGUGCAAUCGUCUCGUUCAAUGACGGCAAGAACAAGGCCAGGGUCAGUUUUGACCACUUCGCAUUUCACUGUUACAAGGUCGGCUGGGCGCUCGCGCAGCCUCGACAGACUGGUUAUGCGUACGACGAGAUCACGUUCGACCUCUCGCGCAUCCUGCGCAUCUCUACGCUGUCGCUUGCAGUGCAUCGCUUCAUCGAGCCGCUGGUGGUGCAUGUAUGCCGCACACUUAGCGCAUCGCAAUGGUUGCUAUCGAACAUGUUGGCGCUGUACAGCCAACGGCCGGUGGAGAUGGAGGAAUGGAAGCGGAUUCUCGCGGAUGGAUUCACAGCGCAGAUUCACCAGCGUCUCUGGAGGGACCGCUCGUUCCAGCUCCCGAACGUAGACAACUUGAAGCUGCUCGGCCCUCCUCGUCCGAUGAACGGCGAGUACCGCGACGAGGGUCUAGGCGGUGCGAGCGACCGGGAGUGCAUUGGCGCGUAUCGACAGGAUGUCGCACUGCAUUUAAUCUGGAAGAGGAUUAUCGACUCAGAGCUCUGCCAACCUCUGCAACUCGACGAUGGUGAGGAGGAAUUAUCGAAAAAGAGAGUCGAAGCAGAGGCGGCGAGGCGCGAUGCUGCGGCCCGCGAGAUUUACGCGGAUUUGGAGGAUUGGGCGCUGCAUCCCUAGGUAUUGAAAGACGAGGGCAGUGAACCAGCAGCGCCGUGCUAUCCGAUCGAGCGGACACAGCAAGAAACGAUGGCCGCACGCCACUGGCGCUUUAUCCUUCGCACGCGCUACCACGAUGUCCUGGAUGUAAUAUCAGCGAGUUUGCGCGAGGUGCACGCGCAGACGGAGGAGCCUCCAAGACGACGCACGCUCCUCGACUCCUUCAUAUCGUCGGACUUUCCGGACGCCGCUUUGGAAGGGGGCUCGGAUGCUCGGUGGUGGCCGGAUGAGAACGACCGGGUCGCCCAAUGGAUCCAGGCGAUGAAAUUCUGUAAGACGGAAAAGUACAGCUUGCAAAAGAGGCCACUGGCCUGAUCUAGACAUAUGCAGCGUUAAUGUCAGUUGUCUUCCAUACAUCGUCACAUCGUUCUACA